GACAGCAGGUGAUAAAAGGGCAGCGGCGGGAGAUGAGCCCUGUAUGAGGAAGUCACAGCUUCUCCCCAACAAGCAGGAAAUACAGAGAGAGAAAAAGAGAGAGAGAGACAGCAGCUGGACGCUCCUCUUCUCCCCUGACUGGACAGUAAAUGGCCACUUUGCCUCCUGGGAUCCGCUUCUUCCUGUCGUUUUCUAAAGACCAGUGGCUUCGUGCUCUGGUUUUGUUUCUGACCUAUCUGCUCUAUUGCAGCUUCCAUCUGUCUAGGAAGCCAAUUACUAUAGUUAAGGGAGAGUUACACAAACACUGCUCAGAGCCCAAUGAGGUUGAACCACACAGCUACAAGGAGUUUGUCAUCUUGAAGUCCACGGUCCACAAUGCCUCCCGCUGCGGUUGGGCGCCAUUCGAUAAGAAGAAUUAUAAGCAGCUGCUUGGGGCCCUGGACUACUCCUUCCUGUGUGCGUACGCCGUGGGGAUGUACCUGAGUGGGAUGAUUGGAGAGCGUUUGCCCCUCCGCUAUUUCCUGUCUUCUGGCAUGGUGGCCAGUGGCUUCUUCACUGUCCUCUUUGGAUUGGGAUAUUUCUACAACAUCCACAACCUGACAUACUACAUCAUCAUCCAGGUGCUGAACGGUUUGGUUCAGACCACAGGAUGGCCGAGCGUAGUCACCUGCAUUGGAAACUGGUUUGGAAAAGGAAGGAGAGGUCUCAUCAUGGGAGUCUGGAACUCGCACACCUCUGUGGGUAACAUCUUCGGGUCCCUCAUUGCUGGAUUCUGGGUGUCCUCCUGUUGGGGGAUGUCAUUCGUGGUCCCUGGGGUGAUUAUUGGAGUCAUGGGCAUCGUCUGUUUCCUGUUCCUCAUAGAGCAUCCUCGAGACAUCAAGAUCGAGAAUCCUCCUCUGUCUCCUCCAAACGUCUCAUGUAAUGGACUGAAGAUCCAAAAUCAAAUCCUAAAGGCGGAAGAAUCUUAUCCUGAAAAGAACUGGGAGAUGCAGAAUAUGCUGGGUCCUACACCCGUGUACCCCACUCAUCAUGUGGUCAUUCUGCAGAGGGACCCCAGUGCUGGGAAGAGCGGAACAUCUGCCAUCAGCUUCUUUGGGGCACUACAAAUACCAGGGGUGGUAGAGUUCUCCAUGUGUUUGUUAUUUGCCAAACUGGUCAGUUACACUUUCCUGUUCUGGUUGCCGCUCUACAUGACCAGUGUGGGUCAUAUGGAUGCUCGUCAUGCCGGAGACUUGUCGACAUUGUUUGAUGUUGGUGGAAUUAUUGGUGGAAUUCUGGCGGGAGUAAUUUCUGAUAAAUCCCACAAGCGAGCAACAACCUGUGGACUAAUGCUGCUGUUUGCAGCCCCCACGCUUUACUUCUUUUCGGCCGUCAGCAAAACAGGACCAGCAUCUACAGUGGUGAUGUUGCUGGUCAGUGGAGCUCUGGUCAAUGGACCUUAUUCCCUCAUCACAACAGCUGUGUCUGCUGACCUGGGAACUCACAAGUCAUUGAAAGGAAAUGCCCAUGCUUUAUCCACAGUGACUGCUAUCAUAGACGGGACAGGCUCUGUGGGUGCUGCCCUUGGUCCUCUGCUCGCUGGUCUUCUGUCUCCCUAUGGCUGGCACAAUGUAUUUUUCAUGCUCAUGAUAAGCGAUGCAUUCGCCUUGUUGUGUUUAUUACGUCUCAUCAAGAAAGAAUUGAAAUGUGUCCGGCAGCCAGUAGUAGAACAGACAGAGUGGAAGGAACAUUAAGAAGAGGAACAUUAGUCCCGUGGCCAUGUUACUACAUGAAGAUUUUACACCUUUGACAGGAUCAGAUACACGCUGUGUAUGGUCUCCACACUGCGGUCCCAUAUCUGACCUUGAAUCCUGAAAAUGUCUAUAUAUCUUAUUUCUACACACGAGUAUCUCAAUGUCCGGUUACUAAGUCAUAAAGAAUGACACCAGUUUAUGGGCACAAACUGUAUGGAGACACCUGGAGCCGCUGCACCUCUAUAAUCUGGAGUCAGAUUUCAGGGAGAUUGAUUCUAGUGGACAGUACUUCUGUAAAGUAGUGUUCACAUCAUGUUGAAUGUCUAUGUCAUGACCAAUAUGUGAAAUGGAUGCCUCUAAUGGGUGUCCUACAUUGCCUACCAUCAUCCACUGACUUCCACUGUAAAGAUAACAUGUUUAAGGCAGGCGGUUUUUGACUGAAUGCUGUUGUAUGAAAUAACACCAUCUACUCCGCUAUACUGACACAUCCUGACAUGUUCUAACCAGACGGAGGCCAUAAAGACACUCUUUUGGCCUCCCCCAUAACCCUCUGGACACGUUUAGUGCUUAAGGAGCUUCAGACAGGACUACUAUGAUUGUGAACAUUCGAUGAGAAUCCAACCGAAACCCCUGUAUGAAGUGGUAGGUACAAUAUGGAGUGUAUACAGUGCAUUGGGAAAGUCCUCAGCCCCUCUCAUGUUGACAUAAGUAUUCCACCCCUUUACUCAGAAGUUGGUUGAAGCCCCUUUGGCAGUGAUUCCAGCCUCUAGUCUUCUUGGGAAUGAUGCCACAAGGUUUACACAUGGAUUUAGGGAUUUUCAGUCAUUCUUCUCUGCAGAUCCUCUCCAGCUCUUUCAGGUUGGAUGGGGGCUGUCGGUGGACAGCCAUUUUCAGGUCUCUGGUUUUAGGGCUCUGGCUGGGCCACUUAAGGACAUUUACAGAGAUGUCCCUAAGUGGUUGUGUGCUUAGGGUCUUGUCUUGUUGUAAGGUUACCUUUUGGCCCAGUCUGAGUGCCAGAGCUCUAGAUAAGGUUUUCAUUAAGAAUAUCUCUGCUCUAUUCCGUGUUCCCUCAACCCUGACCCGACUCCUUGUCCCACCAUCAUGAUGCUGCUUUCACCAUGCUUUGCUGUAGGGAUGGUAUUGGGCAGGUGAUGAGCGGCGCCUGGUCUCCUCCAGACAUGACGCCUAGAAUUGAGGCCAGAAAGUUCUAUCUUGGUUUCACCAGAGGAGAGAAUCUUGUUCCUAACAGUCUGAUGUCCUUUAGAUGCUUUACUACAAACUCCAGGCGGCUUUCAUGUGUCUUUUACUGAAGAGAGGCUUCUUUCCGGCCGCUCUGCCAUAAAGCCCAGAUUGGUAGAGGCUGCAGUGAUGGCUGACCUGGAUCACAGGAUCUUUAGAGCUCAGCCAGAGUGACCAUUGGGUCACCUCUCUUACCAAGGCCCUUUCCCCUGAUUACUUAGUUAGGGGGGGGGGGGGGCAGCUGUAGCAACAGUCCUGGCUGUUCUUCUUCUUCCAUGUAAGAAUUGUGGAGGCCACUUUGCUCCUGAGAACCCCUUCUCCAAUCCCGUCCCUGAGCUAUACAGGCAGUUCUCUCCUCCUCAUGGCUUGGUUUUUGCUCUUAUAUGCAUUGUCUGUGAGAUCUUAUAUAGACAGGGCUGUGUCUUUCCAAGUCCUCUCCAAUCCAUAGAAUUUACCACAGGUGGCUCCAAUCAACAUGCAGAACAUCUCAGAGAUGAUCCAGAGAAAUGGGAGGGCCUAGAGCCAAAUGUCAAAUAUUGCAGUAAAGGGGCUGAAUACUUAUGUCCUGAGUAAAGGGGCUGAAUAUUUCUGUUCUCACUUUCUCAUUAUGGGGAUUGAGUACAGAAUGAUGGGGGAACUGAUAGCACAAGAAGUGACAUAGGAAAAUUAUAGGGUGUGAGGACUUUCCCAAAGCACUGUAUGUGGCUGACAUCAUUACCUCAGGGAAGUUCUCUCCUAAGCCCAUAGCAUUGCUCUGACAGUAUAUGUGUCCGUUCUGUGAAUCAGCCGAGCCCAUAGUCUCUCUCUGACGGCGUACGUGUCUGUUCUCUGUAUCUGCCGAGCCCAUAGUCUCUGAUUGUGUACACGACCGUUCUGUGCAUUGGCUGAGCGCACGGUCUCUCUCUGACAGUGUACAUAUCCGUUCUGUGCAUCGGCUGAGCCCAUAGUCUCUCUCUGACAGCCGAUGCACAGAACGGAUAUGUACACUGUCAUAGAGAGACUAUGGGCUCAGCCGAUGCACAGAACGGAUAUGUACACUGUCAUAGAGAGACUAUGGGCUCAGCCGAUGCACAGAACGGAUAUGUACACUGUCAGAGAGAGACUAUGGGCUCAGCCGAUGCACAGAACGGAUAUGUACACUGAGCCCAUAGUCUCUCUCUGACAGUGUACAUAUCCGUUCUGUGCAUCGGCUGAGCCCAUAGUCUCUCUAUGACAGUGUACAUAUCCGUUCUGUGCAUCGGCUGAGCCCAUAGUCUCUCUAUGACAGUGUACAUAUCCGUUCUGUGCAUUGGCUGAGCCCAUAGUCUCUCUAUGACAGUGUACAUAUCCGUUCUGUGCAUCGGCUGAGCCCAUAGUCUCUCUAUGACAGUGUACAUAUCCGUUCUGUGCAUUGGCUGAGCCCAUGCUCUCUCUCUGAUGGUGUACGUGUCUGUUCUGUUUGUCUGUACCACUAAGGUCAAUCGUGGACACUGUGUAUAUAGUUACAGUAUUUAUUAUCCUCCUGUGUGAUUUGUAUGUAUUCUGUAUUGUUUUACCUGAACUGUCAUGUGCGCCCCAGCCUAUCCUUGACAGUGAUAUGGAGAGCCGUCAUGUAUGGUGGACGCCACUUUCCUGGUGAAUAUCUCCUCCCCAAGCACUGGAAUCAACAUGGCUGAUGUGGUUACCAAGCCGUGUUCACCACCAUAUUCUAAGAGGAUCUUAUAAAUGGCUAGGACUCCAUGGAGAUGUCUCGAACCCUCAGUGCAUCUUCUAUGCCAGGUUCUUGGCACAAAUUCAGCCUCCCGUUACGUUAUAAUGUGUUACUUAGUUUAUAAUGUCCAGCUGCUGGUUCAGUUGCUCUGUGCUGCAUGUGAAGAACAUGUAUGUUCUCCUGUAUGUUUACAUGCUCCCCACUAUGUGCUCUAUAUGAAGGACAUGUAUGUUCUCCUGUAUGUUCACAUGCUCCCCACUAUGUGCUCUAUAUGAAGGACAUGUAUGUUCUCCUGUAUGUUCACAUGCUCCCCACUAUGUGCUCUAUAUGAAGGACAUGUAUGUUCUCCUGUAUGUUCACAUGCUCCCCACUAUGUGCUCUAUAUGAAGGACAUGUAUGUUCUCCUGUAUGUUCACAUGCUCCCCACUAUGUGCUCUAUA